AUGUACAGUCGUGGUGUUCAGCGUCUCGACUGGUGCGGGGUGGCGUGUCGAGCAGGCGGUGAACCGUGUCGAUACAUAUCCAUCAAUUCCGACGCCACAUUUGCCCAUAUAGCGUCCCCGUUGCACACCGCUUCCAUUCACCAUGCGGAGUUACCUUCUCACCCAAAAGGGCAAAAUGCGCCUACCGACGACCUGGUCCUGGAGGUUCUCGGUUGCCUGGACAAAUCGGACGAGGUGGUCUUCGGUGCGACCGACGCCAAAUUGCCUCCGCCCGAGCAGUCGCCUCGACGUUUCCUCUUCCGCUCACCUCUCUCACAUCCGACGUCGCAAGUGGUUCACUCCUUCGAUUUGGUGGCGUGUCUCCUUCGAAACCGACAGUUAUCCACGGCAAUGUUAAAAGAGCAGCCAUGA